CACAACUCUUGUUCGCAACCUCAAGGAGAUUCUGGAAGCAUAGGAGGCGGUGGAGGUAGGGUUGAAUAAGACCCACCGAUUUAGGCCAUUUCCGCACGUAACCCCGUCGUCGAUCGUCUCUCCGCGAACGCGGCCUAAACCCUAUUCUGUAUCCAAAUCCAACCUGAAAGCGAUGCCUGGUUUAACCUGCAACGCCUGCAACAAAGAGUUCCAUGACGAAGCGGAUCAGAAGCUCCAUUACAAGUCAGAGUGGCACCGUUACAACCUCAAACGCAAGGUGGCGGGAGUGCCAGGUGUGACAGAAGCACUUUUCCUUGCUCGACAGGCUGCCCUUGCAGAAGAGAAGAAAAAGUCUGAGACCCCCAUGCUAUAUAGAUGUGGCGUGUGUAGUAAAGAGUACCGCAGUGCCAAGGCUCAUUCUCAACAUUUGGAAUCAAAGAGCCAUUUGUUCAGAGCUUCUCAAAUGUCAAAUCACAAUACUGAAAGCAAUGUUAUAAUCAGACCGCUUCAACACCCAAAUUUGGGUAAAUCCACUCAGCGGAUAGAGAAGGAAGAUAUCAAUGAAAGCGAUGAGAGUGAGUGGGAGGAGGUUGAUCCCAUGGAAGAGGAGUCUCUGAUGCAUACCUCAAAUGGCAACAUGGAAGAGGAAGAUAUGGAUGAGGAUGACUUGAGUGAAGAGCUGGAUCCAUCUUGUUGCUUCAUGUGUGAUUUAAAGCUUAGAACAAUAGAGAAGUGCAUGGUUCACAUGCACAAACAGCAUGGGUUCUUUAUUCCUGAUGUUGAGUAUUUGAAGGACCCUAAAGGCUUUUUAACCUAUGUUGGUCUCAAGGUCAGGAGAGAUUAUUUGUGUCUCUAUUGCAAUGAAAGGUGCCAUCCUUUCAGCAGCUUAGAAGCAGUCAGGAAUCAUAUGGAAGCAAAAAGCCAUUGUAAGGUGCACUAUGGUGAUGGUGGUGAUGACGAAGAAGCAGACUUGGAAGAAUUUUAUGAUUACACCAGCAGCUACGUGGAUGCCAAUGGGAAAGAGCUGGUUGUGUUAGAUGACACCAGUAAUGGAGUUGAGCUCAGUACUGGUGGAGCAGAGCUAAUAAUCAAGAAAAGAACAGAGAAUGGAGUCUCUACCAAAACACUUGGAUCUAGAGAAUUUCUGCGCUAUUACCGCCAGAAACUCAGGCCCAGCCGGGAUGGCGAUAUCGCUCUUACCGCUGCAUUAGCUUCCAGGUAUAGAAGCUUGGGGCUAGCAACUGUGCAGUCGAGAGAGAACAUGGUUCAGAUGAAGUUGCUGAAGGCCAUGAACAGAUCUGGUCCGGAGGUCAUGCGCACUAAGAUUGGUAUCAGAAACAAUGUCAUCCGAGUCCUCCCCAAGAACGUACCCUACUAAACCUCAGAGAUGUAUUGCAUUUUCAUGCAAGUCACACUCGUUCUUUGUGUUUGUCAAGUGAGCUGAACGACUUUCCUGACUAUGAAACUCGAACCUUUGAUGGCUUUUAUCCAGUAUGUGUGCUGCUGCACCUGUCCAUGAAAGUUGCUACAUAUUGAAUUCUCGUUAUAUUUUGUUAUUUACCAAUUUACCAGCUAUAACCGGCGAAUCCGUGGUACUCCUUUGCAUCUUCAUUUUCACAAAAUUACUGUUUUGUAUAUCACAAACCACACCCUCCAGCGUCUCUAUUGCGAUGAAAGGUGUCAUCCUUUCGUCUCAUAACAACUUCUAUUGCAACGAAAGGUGCCAUCCUUUUAAAGGGUAUUCUUGCAAGUGAGAAGUUGUUAUGUGGGACGAAAGGAAAAAAAUUUGUUUUUCACGGAGUUCAAGAAAAUACGGAGUAUAAAUGAGUGUGGUUGAG